AUGUCCUCAGAUGAUUUCAGGGUGACAAAACGGUUGAAGAGGGAGACAAACGGUAAACUAGGGGAGGUGAAGGAUCUCUUUUCCCGUUUGAACACCCUUUAUACGUUUCUCAUGUGCAGGAAACACGUCGUUCCAACGUUCAAGACUUUGACAACUCCACUUGUUUCUGUUAUUGGACGACCGAUUACUAAAUUAGACCUUGCCAGGAUUGUCGCUAUAAUGCCUCGAGAUUGUGAAUUCAAAUAUAUUGAUGAGAAUCAAAUCAUCACCGAAACUAAAAGGUUUGAUUUUAAGAACGGCGGGUACCAGCAGAGGGAAAACGAUAUAUUUGAGUUAAAGAAUGUUGAGGAUCAAUUCAAGGGACAGCUAUCAACUCAGCUACUGUUGUUUGAGUUUGUAGAUGGUAACAUGCAGCGUUCUUGGACGCGAUCGAAUUCAGAUGAGUACAAUAACAGCCACAAGGUAAAACUACCCGCGUACACCACUGACGAAAUGAAAAAGAUGAUAUUGAAACGUUCUGAACGGUUUGAAAACAACUUACAGAAAUUUUGUAGCGCGUGUGAAAGCAGGGGAUGCGAUUCCUUUGACGAAUUAACCAAAGUGGCUGCAAAAUACGUUCCUGAGGAAAAGUCUUAUGAGGACCCAAUCGAAGCCUUAACAAAAGCCAGGGCAAAUAAAAACACAGAUGACGACGAACAGCGAGAUACAGUAUCCGUGGACGAGGAAACUGGUUUAGAGCGGCCUAGCAUUAAAUCCAUGAUUGAAAAAUUCAAAAAAUUGGAUUCUUACUAUGACCAGAUAAAGGACCAUUUCAUAAUACCAGCCAGGUCAGCAAAAUACGGGGAAUUGGAUUUCGAUUUGUCUCCAACAAUAUUUAAUGCGAUAGAGCAUCAGCAAUUUUAUACACACCAGGCUGAUGCGUUGAAUGCUGUGCAUAAAGGAGAGAAUGUGAUAAUUACAACCUCUACGUCAUCGGGUAAAUCGCUAAUUUACCAAGUUUCAGCGAUAGAUAUACUGUUGCAAGAUCCUGAGGCGACUUUUAUGUAUAUCUUUCCGACAAAGGCUCUAGCUCAGGAUCAGAAGCGUUCCUUCGAAGCGAUCAUAUCCAAGAUCCCACAACUGAAAGGUAUAAGUGUCAAUACAUACGAUGGGGACACAGAACAGGCAGAUCGUAGGGAGAUAAGAAGAAACGCACGUGUCAUAUUUACGAACCCAGACAUGAUUCAUGCGUCCAUUCUACCUAACCAUACCAACUGGAAACACUUUCUUUACAACUUGAAAAUUGUCGUUGUUGAUGAACUGCAUAUCUACAGAGGGCUUUUUGGCUCUAAUGUUGCCCUGGUAAUGAGACGUCUUUUGAGAAUUUGCCAAGUCCAUUAUCAAAACCAUGAAUUACACUUCAUCUCGUGCUCUGCCACUCUUCGUCACCCUGUCGAGCACAUGAAAGACAUAUUCGGUGUUGAGCAGGUAAAACUCAUUCAGCAGGACGGAUCCCCAAAUGGGCCGAAGAAUCUAGUUAUUUGGAACCCACCUAUUUUGGGGCAACAUAUGAGGAAACGUGAGAACUUUAUUGGGGAAUCCGCCAAAAUCCUGGUAGAAUUAAUUCUACAAAACGUCAGAACCAUUGCCUUUUGUUUUGUGCGCAGAGUAUGUGAACUGUUGAUGAAAGAGGUAAGGAGUAUUUUUGUUGAGAUGAACAGAACGGAUUUGUUGACCGACGUUAUGUCGUAUAGAGGAGGAUAUUCGCCAGCAGAUAGACGUAAAAUCGAAAGAGAGAUGUUUCAUGGGAAUUUGAAAGCGGUAAUUUCAACCAAUGCAUUGGAAUUGGGUAUUGAUAUUGGUGGUCUGGAUGCAGUUCUAAUGUGUGGGUUCCCGCUGUCUCUAGCAAACUUCCAUCAGCAAAGUGGUAGGGCUGGUAGAAGAAACAACGAUUCGUUAACUCUUGUAGUAGCCACGGAUUCACCCGUAGAUCAGCAUUAUGUCGCCCACCCCGAGGCUCUUCUUGAUGCAGACAACACUGAUUCGUACCAAGAAUUGAUUUUGGACUUUACAAAUCCGUUGGUUCUCGAGGGGCAUAUACAAUGUGCUGCAUUCGAAUUACCUAUUGUAAUUGAGCGGGAUAAACAGUACUUUGAGGAGGAAAGCCUUGCAAAAAUCUGCGAGACCAAAUUACUACACAACGACGAAGGGUAUCACGCUAGUAAUAAGUUUCUACCCUGGCCAUCGAAACUUAUAUCACUAAGAGGUGGGGAUGAAGAUAUGUUUGCCGUGGUGGAUAUCACAAACAAUCGAAAUAUUGUGAUAGAGCAAGUGGAAACGAAACGCACGAGUUUUACUUUGUACGAUGGGGGUAUCUUUAUUCAUCAAGGUUAUCCGUAUCUCGUGAAAGAGGUAAAUCCCGACGAUAAGUACGCCACAGUACAGAGAGUAGAUGUAGAUUGGGUCACCCAGCAAAGAGAUUACACAGAUGUGGACCCACAACUGAUCGAAAUAGUGCGGUCGCUGCCUGACAGCGAUGUGCCCGUGUAUUUUGGUAAAAUGAGAACCACUAUAGUCGUUUUUGGGUUUUUCAAAAUGGAUAAGUACAAGAGAAUAAUUGACGCUGUAGAGACUCACAACGAUCCGAUAGUUUUCUAUUCUAAGGGAUUAUGGAUUGACAUCCCUCCAAGAGCGUUGGAACUAUGCGAACAAAAACAGUUGAGUAUCGCAGGUGCAAUACAUGCAAGCCAACAUGCAAUAAUGGGUAUUUUACCAAGGUUCAUCGUGGCCGGUGUUGAUGAAAUUGUCACAGAAUGCAAAGCACCGGAGAAGGAGUUCGCCGAAAGACAGACGAAGAGGAAACGCCCCGGCAGAUUAGUGUUCUAUGAUUCGAAAGGGGGUGAACACGGAUCCGGCCUUUCUAUCAAAGUAUUUGAGCAUAUGGAUGAGAUAAUUAGCACUGCUCUGAAAAGGAUCGAGGAUUGUCCUUGUGAUGAUGGGUGUCCCAACUGUGUGGCAGGAGCGUACUGUACGGAAAACUGUCUCGUACUUUCCAAACCUGGAGCAUUAUUGCUGCUGCAUUACAUUCUGGGUCACGAUGAGUCCAAAUUUCUGGAUACGAUUAAAGAUGGACCGGAGCCAAAUAUGCCAGAGAUAAAAGUAGAAACGGUAGUCCCCGUGCUGGAUCAUGUUAAGUUCUCCGGCAAUUUCAAAAUAGCGGAUAAUUUAUCAUGA